AUGGAAAAAUUGAGAAAAUUUUGCGUGUGCGUUUUACGCACGCAAUAUACGUAUUCUAAACAUGAAUACUCGACGAAAUCGGGUUUAUUGAAGGAUAUAAACGUGUUAGAUCUGAGUAGAGUGAUCGCGGGACCAUUUUGUUCCAUGACCCUCGGGGACUUGGGCGCUAAUAUCAUAAAAGUGGAAAGUUUGGACGGAGAUGAAGCGCGUAAAUGGGGUCCGCCGUUUAUCAAAGACAGUAAAGACUCUUUUUAUUUUCUCUCAGUGAACAGAAAUAAAAAAAGUAUUUGCAUAGAUUUCAAGAGCCAAGAAGGCAAAAAAGUCAUAUAUGACUUGGCUAGGAAAUGUGAUGUUUUGGUAGAAAACUUUGUUCCUGGCAAGCUAGACCAGCUGGAGAUUGGCUAUGAUAAACUGAAGGUCAUUAACCCCAAGCUUAUAUACUGUGCUAUCACUGGGUUUGGACCCACCGGACCGUAUGCUAAGAAACCUGGGUAUGAUGUAAUAGCAGCCGCUAUGGGUGGCCUGCUAAACACGACUGGAGAACCUGAUGGAGAUCCCUGCAAGGCAGGCGUCGCUAUCACAGACAUCACUACAGGACUUCACGCCUUCGGAGCCAUCAUGACAGCUCUGUACUACAGAGAAAAAACAGGAAAAGGACAGAGAAUUGACUGCAAUCUCCUUUCAACACAAAUAUCCAGUAUGAUCAACAUAGCGACUAUUUACUUGAACUGUGGCAUCGAAGGCCAAAGAUGGGGCACAGCACAUGCUAACCUUGUACCUUACCAAGCUUUCAAAUCUAAAGAUGGCUACAUGGUCAUCGGGACAGGAUCAAACCCACAGUUUGCUGAUCUCUGCAGGAUUUUAGGCAAGGAGGAACUGAUAACUGAUGAGAGGUUCAAGGAUAACUCAAAGAGGGUUGAAAAUAGGAAGGAAAUCAUCAGAAUUAUUAGUGAAGUUAUACAGACAAAGACUAAUAAGGAAUGGUCAGAGAUUUUCAAGAAUGCCUCGUUCCCAUGCGGUCCUAUUAAUAAGAUGAAGGAUGUGUUUGAAGAUGAACAUGUUAAAGCUAUAGAGUUGGUGAAGGAGCUGCCUCAUCCUGACGCUGGUACCGUGAAGGUUGUAGGACCCCCAACAGUGUACGGGUUAGGGGGUAACAAUGCGAGGUUGGCACCCCCAAGGUUGGGCCAACAUACUCGAGAUAUUUUGGCCAACUUUCUAGGGUAUCAUGAUAAGAAAAUUGAAGGAUUGUUGGAUAAUAAGGUUGUGCAGUAG